AUGAUGACGAUGUCGUACAGCAACCAGAACUCCAGGCGGCUCAGUGGCGCGCUCUUGUGCGCAUCGCUGCUGCUGCUCCUGCACUCUUGUCCUCUCUCUCAAGCCCAAUUCACCGACACCGAGUCUGAGGAGGAUCUGACUCCCAGGGCUCUGCGGGAUUUUUACCCAAAAGGUCCGAACCUGACAAGUGAGAAGCAAUUGCUUGGAGCUCUCCAGGAAGUUCUUGAAAAGCUGCAGACAAAACGACUGCCGGUGUGGGAGAAGAAAUUUGGCCAAGUCCCGACGUGUGACAUCGGGGAACAGUGCGCGGUGAGGAAAGGAGCGCGCAUCGGGAAGAUGUGCGACUGUCCCCGAGGAGCUUUCUGCAAUUUUUUCUUGCUCAAGUGCUUAUGAGACUGCUUGGCUCUCAAUGUAGAAUGUAGCAUCAAGAUAAGAAACUGUCACUCAUUCCCAUCAUAAUGUCAUAUUUUGAUGAAAAGCUCAAUGAGCAGGAGGAUGACAGUUGAAGAAUAUGUAUUUUCAUCUAUGUAUUUUGUUUAUCACCAUCAAGUCUGUAAUAAUAUACUGGAAGCACAAUAAAGUCACAGAAACCCGCAGAGGGCUGAGGCAAGCUAUUGUCACAUAUGUCCAUGUGCACUGAGUGCCAAAUUCUGUACAAUAAUAAUGCUAAUUUUCAUUGAGACUGUCAUGACAUGCAUAAAAUUGUUACAUAACAAAAAUCUUGUUUCAGGUAAAU